CCGUGCGUGCCAUGCGUGAGCGUGCGCGUCGGCCGGCGAGGGAGCAGCAAACGGCCGGCGGCAGGCGCCGCGCGGGGGGCGGGCGGCGCGGAGGCGGCGGUGGCCAUGGCUGAGGCGUCGCCGCAGCCCGGACGGUACUUCUGCCACUGCUGUUCGGUGGAGAUCGUGCCGCGCCUGCCGGAUUACAUCUGCCCACGGUGCGAGUCUGGCUUCAUCGAGGAGCUUCCAGAAGAGACCAGGAACACAGAAAACGGCUCAGCCCCCUCCACAGCCCCUACUGACCAGAACCGGCAGCCAUUUGAGAAUGUGGACCAGCACCUGUUCACGCUGCCACAGGGAUACAGCCAGUUUGCUUUUGGCAUCUUCGACGACAGCUUUGAGAUUCCCGCGUUCCCUCCUGGGGCCCAGGCCGAUGAUGGCAGGGACCCUGAGAGCCGACGGGAGAGAGAGCACCAGUCUCGGCAUCGGUAUGGGGCCCGGCAGCCCCGUGCCCGCCUCACUGCCCGGCGGGCCACUGGCCGGCAUGAAGGCGUCCCCACGCUGGAAGGGAUCAUCCAGCAGCUCGUGAAUGGCAUCAUCUCUCCAGCUGCCGUACCCAGCCUGGGCCUUGGUCCCUGGGGCGUCCUGCACUCGAACCCAAUGGACUACGCCUGGGGGGCCAACGGCCUGGACGCCAUCAUCACGCAGCUCCUCAAUCAGUUUGAGAACACCGGCCCCCCACCUGCAGACAAGGAGAAGAUUCAGGCUCUCCCCACGGUCCCAGUCACAGAGGAGCACGUGGGCUCAGGGCUGGAGUGCCCAGUGUGCAAAGAAGACUACGCGCUGGGUGAGAGAGUGCGGCAGUUACCCUGCAACCACCUGUUCCACGACAGCUGCAUCGUGCCCUGGCUGGAGCAGCAUGACAGCUGCCCGGUCUGCCGCAAGAGCCUCACUGGACAGAACACAGCCACCAAUCCUCCAGGCCUGACCGGUGUUGGCUUCUCCUCGUCCUCGUCCUCAUCCUCGUCCAGCUCACCCAGCAACGAGAACGCCACAAGCAACUCCUGAGUCCCACCUGGCCAUCCCCCCGGGGCUUGGUCAUCCCACCCACCCCAGGUGCCCCAGCACCGCCUGCCAUGGCCGUGGACUAGAGGUGCUGCCCAUGGCGGCCGGCAGCACCUGGCGGGCCCCAGGCUGCGGGCGGCUCGGACUUGGCCAUGGCCGCUCCUGUUUGGAGGUGUGCACGUGGGUCCCAUGUCCCCAGCAGGCAGGCGCCUUCAGUCCGUCUUUAACCUCACCCUCCAAAUGUUCAACGGCAGAAGGGUUUUUAUGAUUUUAAAUUAUUACUGCUUUGAAAUAAAUGGACGUUUGAGCCACGUGCGGCCAUGCAUGAUCUGUGGAGAGUCAGCAGAACUGUCGCCAGGCCCAGCCCGCCACAUGCCCUGGGAGGCCGGGCCAGCACCCAGUCAGCGCCGGCCUCGGGACCACGAGGGUGACCAGCAGACCCAGGAACAAACUGCUCCAGCAGACAUUUUUUUUUUUUUUUUUAAGGGAAAUGUGUGUUAUCUGGAAAGCUAUUUAAAAUACACCUACUCAAAAAGCAGA